AUGGGUAAAUUAGAAAGUUGUAAAUUGAUAGCGAACAGGGGCUAUGGGUUCGUCGAGUACACUUGUCCUGAAGAUGCAAUUAAGGCACGAAAGGCUUUUAAUGGUUUAUUGAUGCAGAACAAAACGCUGAAAGUGUCACAUGCCUUGCUUAAUCCUGAGCUGAAACCACCUACGAAACCGGAAGCUGAUUGGAACCUUUAUAGAUUUCAUCUCAGUACGACCGUCGACUUGGACUGGAGGUGGGAAUUCCGUUCGCGAAACACAGGUAUAGUGGCCGUGGCGGAGGGAGAGAAUUCCGUGACGGCGGUUGGCGUCGGCCUCGCCGUGAAUAGCAAGGUUUAUCCCAGUCCGGGGGCGGCGCGGGGCGUUUGGGCGCUGCCGCAGCCGCCCCCAUGCAAUAUGGCGGCGGAAGAGGCUCUGCCCCCUUGCUCACCACUAUCCCCCGACACUCCGGCAGCACCGCCCCGCAUCACCACCAACUUCAGCCAUCUCUCCGACCUCCAUCAGUUGAUUUUCGAAGCCGUUCGAUCGGGCGAAGUGUCGGAGAUAGAACACCUGGUGGAGAAGUUGGGGGUGGAGGUGUUGAGCGCCCGAGACCAGCACGGCUACACGCCUGCCCACUGGGCCGCGUUAGAUGGAAGUGUUGCUGUCAUGCGGUACCUGCUAGAGCGGGGAGCGCCUAUUGACCUGUCCUGUCUGGGAACACAGGGCCCCAGGCCGAUACAUUGGGCAUGUCGCAAGGGUCACGCGUCAGUGGUGCAAGUGCUUCUACAGUCCGGCGUUGCGGUCAAUGCGGCCGAUUUUAAGGGUCUAACACCUUUGAUGACAGCGUGUAUGUAUGGCAAGACGGCAACGGCCGCAUACCUUUUGGGGAUGGGCGCCGCCACCAGGCUGUCAGACAUCAACGGGGACACUGCCCUGCAUUGGGCCGCGUACAAAGGCCACGCCGACCUAGUACGACUGCUGAUUUACUCCGGCGUGCCCCUCCACUGCACGGAUAACUUCGGCUCGACGCCGCUGCAUUUGGCAUGCCUGUCGGGAAACCUGACGUGCGUGAGACUACUCUGCGAGAAGGUUAAGGCGGAACUGGAGCCGCGCGACAAAAAUGGGAAGACGCCGUUAAUGCUCGCCCAAAGCCAUCGCCACGCAGAAGUGGUAAAGUUGCUGCAAAAAGAAAUGAAGAGGAAAUCUCAUUGGAUGCCCCCUCUGUCCGAGCUGUGGGCACUGCUGUUCGGGGGCGCUGGCGACUCCAAAGGGCCUCUUCUGUUCUUCUUGGUGUCUGUCCUGCUGUGGGGCUAUCCGAUGUACAUAAUCAGGUGCAUUCCUUUGACGUGGAACACGCUUCGACUGUCGCACUACUGCUUCCUCUACUGGAACGCCAUCAUGUGGAUGAGCUGGGUGAUCGCAAACCGACGCGACCCUGGGUACAUACCGCAGAACUCCGAGACAUAUUACCGGGCAAUAAGGCAGAUACCGUACUACGACAAAUGGAAGAAGAGAAACGUGAUACUAUCCCGGCUGUGUCACACGUGCCGAUGCCUAAGACCUCUGAGGGCCAAACAUUGCCGCAUAUGCAAGCGUUGCGUGGCGUACUUCGACCACCACUGCCCCUUCAUAUACAACUGCAUUGGAGUACGGAACCGAAUGUGGUUCUUCCUGUUCGUGAUGAGCGUCGCCAUCAACUGCACCCUGUCGAUAUACUUCGCCUGCUACUGUCUGUUUCUCGAGGGCUUCGGACUGCUGUAUUUUCUCGGGCUCUUGGAAGCGAUCACGUUUUGCGCGCUCGGCUGGAUCCUUACUUGUACAUCCAUCCUACACGCUUGCAUGAACCUUACAACGAACGAAAUGUUCAACUACAAGAGGUACCCGUAUUUGCGGGACAAGAGGGGCCGCUACCAAAACCCGUUCUCUAGGGGUCCCAUCAUGAACCUAAUCGAGUUUUUCGUCUGCCUACCCGACAAAUGCGACGAGCACGAUUUGUUCUACGAAGAGAGCAUU